AUGUCGUCCUACGUUCACCAGUUGAUUGAUUUUCUUUUUAGGAAGACUGAAAAACUGGAAGAAAAGCAGGAACGGAUAGCCGAAGAUAAUAAAAUACCCACUCUGCUAAGUGACUUUGAAGAUGAUGAGAAAUGUUUACCACCGGAAGUUGAGGAAGGAAAUAUUGAGUACAAGGUGAAACUGAUCAAUCCGUCAUCGAGCCGCAUGGAACAGCUGAUAUCGCAGAUGAAGUGGCGCUUGCGAGAGGGAUAUGGCGAAGCGUUCUAUGAGAUUGGCGUAAAAGAUGAUGGUACAAUGAUUGGAUUAACUAGCGGUGAAUUGGAAGCAUCAAUCGGUACUUUAAAAAUGAUGGCCAGCGCUCUCGGUGCAACUGCUGUUGUGCUCAGCGAACGCGAUGUGAAAGUGGAAGGCAGCGACUGUUUGCGUCGUGUUGCGGAAGUGUUGGUUCGUAAGGUACCAGACAGUCAGCAGUUUAUGGAACUGAGAGUCGCGAUUUUGGGAGGUGCUGAUGUCGGGAAAUCGACGUUAUGUGGCGUGCUAACGCAGGGCCAUCUUGAUAAUGGUCAGGGAAAGCUCAUGAAUUAUCUGGGCCAUUCGCAAGAAGAGAUCGUUGAGCAGUCGACCAAGUUGAUAACGUUGAUUGAUUUGGCCGGCGACCGAAAAUAUUUAAAGACUACGAUUUACGGGCUUACAGGAUACUUACCGCAUUUCGCUGCAUUAGUCGUAAGUGCCUUGACGGGUCCAACGCCAACCACACGCGAGCAUUUGGGUCUAGCUGUAGCUCUGAAUAUGCCAGCUUUUGUUGUUGUCACUAAAGUUGAUGCGGUCAGCCAGUCGACAUGUGAAAAGGUACUGCAUGACAUCGAAAUGCUGUUUAUACGACCGGGCAUGGAGCGCAAACCGAAGCUAGUCGAGAAUUCGGAUACAGCCGUGAAGGUACUGCAUGACAUCGAAAUGCUGUUUAUACGACCGGGCAUGGAGCGCACACCGAAGCUAGUCGAGAAUUCGGAUACAGCUGUGAACUGCGCGGCGGCAAUGCUCGGUCGAAAUUUGGUGCCGAUCUUUCUCAUAUCGAAUGUUUCGGGUUCGAAUUUCCCUGUGCUGGAGCAGUUCCUGAAUGUGCUACCACCCAGUGGAUUUUCGAAAUCAAAGCAGGACGAACUUUCCUUGCAUGCGUUACUUUUCUCAAUAGAGGAAGUGUUUCACGUUUCUGGGGUUUGUUUUCAAUCGUUCUAA